GUGUUGACUUGGCUGUCGCCUUUGGAGCUCAGGUAUUCGAUGAUGAUGAAUAGGUGAGUCACUCAUUGUGGGCUGGGUAGUUAUUUGCAUUAUUACUGUAUGCCAGCAUAAGUCAAUGAUCUGUUCGACUGGUAUGUUGAUAAAUUGCAAUAGUAGUUAUUGUUCAUUAGGCCUGUAGCCUGGUCCUCGUUUUCUAGGCCCAAUCAUUGGACAAACAACGUGUGCACAGCAGGCAGGUGGUAGCAGCAGCAUCUUCCUGGUUGUUCCAGCCUCCUCCUAGCCAAGCUACACCAAGCCGUACUGCCAGUGCUACAUCAGUUGUGGUUUGCGUAGGUCUAAUCUACUUGUCUUAUGUGGUAAUGCAUGUAGUCGUCGGCCUAAAUUGAAGGCCAUUCAUUCAUUACUACAUUUGUCAACUAUCCUUGUGAGCAACAAAUGUGUUGCUAAAGAAGACACUGAAAAACUACUGAAGUACUGAAAUAAAUUAAAUCAGAAUGCCAGUUGCAAAAGCUGUAUUCUACCCGACGCUAUUUUACAAUGUGUUAAUGAGCAAAGUGUCAUCACGAAGAUGGUUCGAUCGGAUAACAGAAAAUGUAAUACUGGGAGCAUUGCCAUUUCGCAGUGAUGCCCAAAAGCUGGUGAAGACGGAAGGUGUGAAAGGUGUUAUCACAAUGAAUGAAGCCUAUGAACUUCAUUAUGCUCCAACUGCUGAUGAAUGGAAAAUGCUGGGUGUGUCUCAAAUGCAUUUGCCGACAGUUGAUUUCACAGAAGCACCUAGUAUGGAAUUCUUAGAGAGCGGUGUUGGAUUUAUUGAGGAACAUGCCGAACGUGAUGAAUCCGUAUACGUGCAUUGUAAAGCAGGACGUACACGUAGCGCAACGCUAGUCUGCUGCUACUUAAUGAAGCUAGCAGCAACAAAGCCAACAUUCAACCACAAGGGUCAGAUCAACCUGUGGACACCGCAAGAUGCUCAGAAUUUUGUCAUCGCAAAGCGCCCUCACAUCGUUCUCAAGGAACAUCACUUCCGUGCUAUGUACAGGUACUUCGAUAAACAUGUGAAACCUUUCCGAAAAAUGUCAGACGAGGAAAGAGAGAAGAAAAAAGAACAACUGCUGAAGAAUCGCAAUUCAGUGAGAGUAGAUGAAGAAGACAAAAGCAGCUACGAGAUAAAUAGGGACAGCGUUAAGUCCUAGGCUACCGUAAAUAACCAAAUAAGUGCUGUGUCAUUUUUAAACAUUUUUUAGAGGCUUCUGGUUUCUAUUCAAGAGCGGCACUUAUUACAGGGGUCCUAAGUGUCCCGCAUUCCCGCAACCAAGUAUGAAUCUUCAGAAAGUGACCUAUUUUCUGCAAAUUAAUAUUUGCAUGAUUUGCUACUUUAUUAUCAUUUUCUCACGGAAGUCAGUGCCGAUGAGCAGCAAAAUGCACAGUAAAAUAAAAUUAAAUAUGUUAAGAAAAAUUCAUUUGAACCAGAUCUCCCUAAAUAGACUUCUUCCAACUUUGGACUCCUGUUUUUUACAAAUUGAAUUAAAUUACGUUGUUAUGGUACUAUGUCUUCUACAGCCUAUCUGAAUUGUUGCAACAUUAGAAUUAGUGGCAGAUUCAAGUUUUUUGAAAUAAAAGAAGCCAGGAAAGGGAUUUUUAGUUUGUUUUUUUUUACUAGGGGUCUGUACCACCUUUAGCCACACCAUUGAUUGGGGCUCGAGGUAGGAAAUGUUAUGGCUAUGUCAAUGGAAUUCUCUGACUUAAAUUUGAAUACAUGCAAUAUUCUUUUAUUCUCCUUUUUUUUUUAAUCUGCAUUGAAUCUGCCCAUUAGUAUUAUUAAUUUCAUGAGAUGAAUAGUUAAUGAUACAAAACAUCUAGGCACACUGUAAUAUACUCUUUACUAAACGCUGCAACGUUAUUAAAUGUAGAGUAUAACAGCUGCACUUUGCAAAAAAAUGAUGAUAGCGACGAUUAUUAUAAUGAGGCGCUUGUUCGAUAAUUUAUGAUAUUAGAUGUUACAGACGAAAUGUGGUAAAUACAACAUCAAAAUAAAAAUGCAGAAAUGUAUCUUCAGAGUUACACAUACUUUUUAAGGGCUUGUCAUAAUUGUUAUCAGAGGCUGAUCCAGGAAUUUGAAAUAGAGGUAGCCCAGAGAGGAGCAUUUACAGAUGGAAGCUUUAUACUACCUCAGCCCCACCAUGGUUGGGGCUGAGGUAAGAUUAACAUUGUAUGCUUGUACAGUACAUAGGAAAGUACUCUAAAUUCCAAGUAGGCAUUGAUGUAAUAAUUGAUUUCCAGUGACCUACUUUAAAUCGUUUCCUAUAUUCCAAUUUUAUUGAGAAAAGUAUCAUAAUCAGGGUAUUUUUCAUUCUGAUUAUAAAUUUCAAUAUGGUGGUUGCUCUUAUAAAUAUGCAUAUGAUAUACAAUUUUUCUAUACAAUGUUGAUUCACUAUACAAUAUUAUUUAACUUGUUGUAUUACACUCUGGUCCUAAAACCUUUUACUAAGGUACAAGUGUACAAAGUGAUUCAUUGAUUAGGGAACUUGCAUGGAGAUUAGAGUGCGCCCUCGGUAAUUAUCACGUAAAUGCUGCCUUUAAACAAAAUGGGGUAUUACCUAUUUUUUUAAUGUUUAGACUACCAGUUUGUCUAUCAUGCCAACAACGCAAUAAAAUAAUAAAAACUUAAAUAAAAGUAGAGAAUUUUUUAAAUAAAAUAAAUAUAAAAUUAAUAUCAAUAAUAAUUAUAGCAUAGUAUAGCUGUUAUUUCUUUUUUAAAAAUUACUGAAGUUUAGGUUGGCUCAACACAUGUAUUUGACUAGGCCUAACAGCAAAUAUUCUUCGCUGUGUCGUCUAGAAAGCAGGUAUGUUUGAGAUUUUUUACACAUGAACACAUACUGGUCCGUAUAACGAUUAUUGACUGCUCGGGGAUAGGAAAAUUAUGUGAAAGGUAAAAUGGUGACGUCACGAUUGACUAGUUUAAUGUACCUACACGACAUUCCCAGAUAACAUAGUAUAAUACAUACUCCAAGUAUCGAAAUGCACGCCAUCUUGUCAGGAUUCAAUAUUUCAACAUUAAUUAUGUCAUCAUCAGGAAUGAUGUUAUGUAAUUGUAUGCCGGUUAGAGUUACAUAAUUGUAUGCCGCCAUUUAUUUGUAUAAUAAAGAUAGCACAUAAGGAAACCUUGCAAUCUGUAAUAUACAGUACUUAGUAAGGUACAGAAGCCUGAAAUAACACCUUGACAUUCUGUAUAAUUAUAUGCUGUGUUAACAUCUUACCAUGCGUACAUCUGCUGGUAACCCAUGUUUCACCUAUGUCUUUUAUUCUGUACAACAGAAUUGUUAGGUUUUUGUCCGAUGGUUUAUUCAUUAUUCUGUUUGUUUAUUACAUCCCCAACAUGACCAAUCUUGUCUUGGAUAAAUUGUAUACUGUUAUGUUAAUCACCUAAUAAUAUAGGCACUGCAUGUUGCUUCAUGGGGGUAAUUGCUAUAAAUGAUAAUUGCUCAAUUCAAAAUACUAAAUAAUUUUUAUUCUAUUAACAGCUGGUUAUUAUUUGAAGCAGCAAGGUUUAUAUUGGACAUUUAUUAUAUUAUUAAUAUUACUCAUUUUUCACUUGAGUACUAUUAAUCACAAUUAUAUUAUAAAGUAUAUUUUUAAUGGAACCAUUUAAAUAGAUAAUAAUUAUUAUAUAAAUACUGCCUGGAAUAUUUGAUGGGAUAACGACUAGCUGUGUUUAACACAUUUGCCCACAACACCAAACAUUAAGAAAUUUAUCUGCUAGUAUAAAUAUUUUUUACCAAGUAAAAUAUAACUCUUGAAAUUAAAUAAUGAGAGGAACAUUUAUAAAGGUUUUAGGUAAUUAUUUAAACUUUAUUGAAUGUCAUCAUGCUCAGGCCAAAAAUUGUGUUGGAUCAAGGUCGGUCUGUCAGUAUUUUUUAGUGUUAUAGGCCAAGGCCUAAUUUUACAAUGUGGGGAUUUUUUUUUUUUAAAUUACCUGGGGAAACUGAGAAUAUGUAGAUAAUUUCCAGUUACACAUUAAUUUGCUCCCACCUUAUCUUUUUUACUUUGUAAAUAUAACAGGGCCUGGUGAUGGGUAUAUAUAUGCUAUUUAAAAUUUAAUCUUUUUUAUUACCAAUGUAUUUUAUGGAGACCUUCAUUUUCUACAAUAAACAAAAAGUUAUUUA